UCAUAGGUGACGUCAGAUUUGUGUCUGAUGAAAACAAGGAAGAGCAACGUGCAAGUAGUAGUAGAUCAUAUGGAGAGUAACUGAGAAUGGACCCUAGACAUAAAAAGAUCCUUCAACGCAACAGAACCAAUCUUGUGAGGGAUUUAGACCCGUCAGAAGUUUAUGAUGGACUCCUGUCAAGGGGAGUCUUCACCCAAGAUAUGAUAGAUGAGAUUAAGAGCUCAGGAACCAGAAGGGACCAGGCCAGGCAGCUGGUGAGAGACCUGGAGACACGUGGGAGCCGAGCCUUCCCUGCCUUUUUGGAAUGCCUGCGUGAGUGUGGCUAUGAAAGUCUGACCAGUCUCCUCCAGAGCGAAGAUCCAGUUGGCCAGUCUGUGCCAAGCCCACAGAUUCCAGUAAUCAGACCUCUGCCAGUGUGUCCUAUUGAUGUCAGAGAGCCAGACAAAAUCCACAGUAAUCCACCUAAAGAAUUGCCUCUAUAUCCUACUGAAAUAGAUAUUGCCAGUCCAUCUCCAGAGAGGUUGAGCCCAAGACCCACGCAAGGGAGAACAAGACGAGAUAGCAUCCAGAGUUAUAAGAUGGAUGCUAGCCCCUGUGGACUCUGCCUCAUCAUAAACAAUGUGGAGUUUGAACAGCACUCAGACCUAAAGGAUCGCAACGGAUCAGAUAUAGACAGUGACAAGCUAGAGAGACGAUUCAAGUCUCUUAAUUUUGAUGUUGUUGUGAAACGAAACCUGAAACAUAAGCAAAUACGACAAGAGCUGUCGGCAUUAGCAAAGAUGGACCAUUCCAACUCUGACUGCUGUGUGGUUAUCAUUCUGUCACAUGGCACAGAGGCCACACACAGUCGCUUUCCUGGUGCAGUGUACGGCGUGGAUGGCACCUCAGUGCCAGUUCAGGUCAUCACAAACUACCUCAAUGGACAGCACUGUCCCUCACUGCAGGGCAAGCCCAAACUCUUCUUCCUUCAAGCCUGUGGAGGAGGAGAGAAGGACACUGGCUUUGAAGUGUCUCCUGAUGAGGUGCAGCCAUGUAUGGGUGGACCAGAUGACCAGACGGAUGCCAUCCCUGUGUCAUCCAGCAGUGACUCCCUGAGCAUGUCAGAUGAACCAGAUGCACGGGCUACUCUGCCCACACCAAGUGACAUUCUGGUAUCCUACUCCACUUUUCCAGGAUAUGUCUCGUGGAGGGACACCAAGGCAGGUUCCUGGUAUGUAGAGACCCUGGAUCGUCUUCUGAAAGAGAAUGCUGCCAUUCACGACCUAGUAACUAUACUUAUGAUGGUCAACAAUGAAGUGUCACAGAAUUCUGCUAAAGGCUUGUUUAAACAGAUGCCUGGGUCAUUCAACUUCCUCCGAAAGCUUCUUUACUUCCAGGCUCCACCACACAGCCAGUUUUCUACAUGACCAGCAUAUCUGUCUCUGGCUCACAGAGAAACCUUCAGGAAUUCAUAAUAUGUUUAAAUGGUUAUCCUGUGGUAAUCAAAUCUGUUAGCUUUGUAUUUUUUUUACUUUUGCACUCACAAUUUGUAGUGCUGUUGUUUACUGGAUUUCCCAGUCAGAGAGUUGCCACCCCUUCAACCAUUUUGUAGGUGUCAUUUAGCCUCGGGACUAGUUGUCAUGUCAUGAUCAAAACAACAAUUUUCCCAAAACAUAUAACUCAUGACUUUUUAAUGAUUAUACAUCAAUAGAUUUAAGCUUGACAAUUUGCUCUUUUAAUUUGACAAUGGUGAUGGAAUAUGUAAUAGUUUUUCUAUACUGUACAUCCUUAUUUUUUUUUUUACAAGUAAUUUCAAUAAAUGUAUGUAAUGAUUUGUAA